GCCAAGCCUACUUGCCCGCGGAAGUAGUGAGUGUACCAAACUGUCAGUCGCCGUAACCAUAACCAUUGAGACAGUUUGGCCUCUCAUCCAUAGACCAAACAUGUUACUACAGUCUCUGGUAAGAACCCGUUUUGGAAAGAGCUCAUCGCCAAUCUGAUGCCAGGAGCUGGGCUGCUGAGGGAUUUUAUUAGCAGAGCUAGGAGCGUUAUGUACCUGUCGGCGAGAGGUUCCCUUGCUUCCGAUUGGCAACGAGCCUCUUUGAGGCCUACCUUCUCUUCUUUAGUAUUUCCAGUGUACGGUUCGUAAGUCUCUCAGAGUGUAGAUGUUGAAACCACAAUCCAUACCAGCGCAAGGAGAGGAUGGAAUGGACAAAAUGGCAGGCUGUUGAUGUCAUUAUCGACCCCUGUCACAGGCGAACGCGCUAGGAUUUCGUAGUCAUUGCGAGGGCAUCACCGGCUGGCUUCAGUUAUCGGAGAGCAACACCAGAACUCGAGCAUGGUAGAAACACGAAGAUCGACGCGUCAGUCGACGGCCGCAAUACCAGAUUACACCGAAAAAAAGUCAUCGUCAGCCGAUGAGCGCAAAAGCAAGAAGACCACGCGUCAGAAACGCGCGAGAGAGGAUGAUGAUGGCGUGGAAGAGGAUGAGCAUUCCCCGCCAGUGAAGAAGGUCGCGAAAGCGAAGCCAAGGCCCACGAAACCCAAGACCAGCAACUCGGGUGCCGUGCAACCGCCCGCACCUGUCUCAGACACGAACCGCAACGCCAACAAUGAACAAGAAGUUUACUGGCUGCUCAAAGCCGAGCCCCUCCCCCGCUUCGAAAACGGCGUCAACGUCGCCUUCUCCAUAGACGAUCUCGCAGCAUGCACCGUCCCAGAACCUUGGUCGGGCGUCCGCAACCCGCAAGCUCGGAACAAUAUGCAGGCCAUGCGCAAAGGCGACCUGGGCUUCUUCUAUCACAGCAACGCGAAACCUAGCGGCGCAGUUGGUAUACUACGCGUGGCGGAGGAGGCUAAAGUCGAUGAGACGGCCUUUGACCCGAAAGACGCCUACUACGACCCCAAAUCGGAUAGAGAGAAUCCAAAGUGGUAUUGUGUGGGCGUCGAAUACGUGGAGAAGUUUGGUGGGGUGGUGGAUUUGGCUAGGCUGAAGAGUUUCGCCAAGGACGGAGGGCCGUUGGCCAAGAUGCAGUUGGUUACAAACUCGAGACUGAGCGUGUGUAGGGUAAGCAAGGAUGAGUGGGAUUUCGUCCUGGGGUUGGCCGGAGAGAAAGAAUCAGCCCACAGGGAGGAGGAGGGUAAUAACAGUGAAGAGCAGAAGUGAACACCGGAGAACACAUCUGUCUGGUUUGGCAGGCUGUUCUUGCUCCACAAAAGACUGCAGUACAUACUCCUACAUCGGCGUGUGCUUGACCUCGACUUUCAGAUACUAUAGAUUCACCAUACCCGUCUCAUUGACACUGCAAUAUCUAUACUGUUACACUUCUG